CGUGGCUACCACCGGUGAUGGCGUCUGGUAUGGAACAAACCGGUCUCUCGUUUGCAGAUUGUGAGCUGAUCCGGUCUAUUUAGAAAGGGUGUCUUGUGAAUAUUUGUAAUUAACAUCAUAUUUUGUUUCCAAAAUGGCUCUUCGUGUUGUUGUAACUGGUGCUGCAGGGCAGAUUGCCUAUUCCCUCUUAUAUUCUAUUGCGAAGGGAGAUGUCUUUGGCAGUGAUCAGAAGGUGGAAUUGGUUCUUCUAGAUAUCCCACCAAUGAUGACCGUGCUGUCUGGAGUUGUAAUGGAGUUGCAGGAUUGUGCGCUUCCACUUGUUGAAAAGACCAUUGCAACUGCUGAUCCAGAUGAAGCAUUCAAGGGCUGUGAUGCUGUCAUCAUGGUUGGCGCUAUGCCUCGUAAAGAUGGAAUGGAGAGGAAAGAUCUACUGAAAGCCAAUGCUAGGAUCUUUGAGACCCAAGGAAAGUCCCUGAAUGAAUUUGCAAAGAAAACCGUAAAGGUGCUUGUAGUCGGUAAUCCAGCAAAUACCAAUUGUGUGUUGGCACUGCGAUCGGCUCCAUCCAUCCCUUCUGCAAACUUCACCUGCCUCACCAGACUUGAUCUCAAUCGAGCCCAGGCACAAGUUGCUUAUCGUCUUGGAAGACCAUGUGAAGCUGUUAGUAACCUGAUUAUAUGGGGAAACCAUUCCUCAACUCAGUUUCCAGAUGCUGCACAUGCCUCUGUGGCUUCUGCUGAUGGAUCAGUGUCUUCAGUAUAUGAUGCUGUCAAAGAUGAUGCAUGGCUGACUGGUGAAUUUAUCAAGACUGUCCAAUCACGUGGAGGCACAGUCCUCAAGGCUCGUAAACUCUCAAGUGCUAUGUCAGCAGCAAAGGCUAUUGGAGAUCACAUGAGAGAUUGGUGGUUUGGAACUAAGGAGAAUAAAUGGGUAUCUAUGGGUGUCCUGUCUGAUGGAACCAAGUAUGGUAUCCCAGAAGGCAUUAUUUAUAGUAUGCCAGUUAAAAUCAAUGCAGAUAAAUCUUGGAGUGUAGUUGAGGGUCUUAGCAUCAGUGAUUUUGCUCGUGAAAAGAUGGACGUCACAGCCAAGGAGUUGCUGGAGGAGAAGGAGAUGGCUAUUCAGUUCCUCAGUGCUUGACAAUCUGAACGAGUAUCUCCUCAGGCGAAGCUGUAGAGACCUACUAACUAGCUUCCAUUGUGUGUUAUAAUUUAUUGAUUAUUCUAAUGAUUUUUAUUUUCGUUUUUAUUGUUUACAGCAAUAACUGUUGAUUGAUUGAAUGUUACCAACAUUUAAGUUUUCUAAAACCAGAUUGAAACAACUUUUAUUCAAUGUUACUUUUUGCUCUUGUUUUAAAAACAUAAUGAAGAAUUUAUUGUAGAUCAAGACCAUCAAUGGCGAUGAUAAUGUAAUUAUAUUAAUUCAUUAAUCUUGGAAGCAUAGGUCUUUACAUAUUUUAGUGAUACAAAACCCAGCUCCAUCCUCACCUAUAGUUUGAUGUAGUUUGAUAAGACAGUAGGUCUUAAAAACAACACUACUAUAUAUUGUCAACUUACUGAUUACAGUAUUACUACUAAUCUGUAUAAAACAUUGUCAAUAUCAAACCAUAUAGUUUACUACAAAAUGUUCAACAACUAUGACAACAAAUUUGGUUUGUUAUUGCUGUAACAAAUCUUGUUUUAAGAUUUUUACACAAAUUGUAGUUUGCUAUAUCAACAACAUGACUGAGUUCUGUUUCACUGGCUUGUUGAUUUACUCGAUGAGGAAUGUAUAAUUUAAAUUCAACAGACAGCAUAAGUAUUGUCUUAUUUUGCGUCUUUCCAAUUUACAUUAUUGAACAUAGUUUAUUUUGGUGAUUACAAACCAUUACAUAAUUGUAUGCUAUACCACUGCCUGCUACAAGGUCGUAUAUUUAGAUUUUAUCUCAGGUCAAUGAAUACUCAAAAUAUAUAUAAUAUGUGACCCAAGUUCACAAAAGGGCUGUAAACUCGCACUGCACUGUAUUGAGAAACAAGCCUCAAUACCCAGAAUAGGGUGUAGAACGUGAAUUUUGUGUGAAUUGGGUUUUUGUGUAAUAAAUAAAGUAUAACUACUGUAUUAAUCUUACUAUUCCCGAAGUUUGAGUUUAAAAUUCCAACUGUAAGAGGUAAAAUUUAGCCAUUUUCGGAUUGGAGCUAGUGAAAAAUGAAUAGAAACCUGCUGAAAAUAAAAGCAUUUUUCUCAAAGCUUGGUUUAAGGAAGAUGAUAAGAUGACAAUUAUUCAAACGUUCAUAACUUUGCUUCCAGACACCCGAUUGAGUUAUUUAACUGUCAUUUUAAAGUAAAUGAUAUGUUCUAUGCCAUUAUAACAAAAACUCAUUUUGGCCUGAGGACAAGUUUACAGCCUGUUUGUGAGCUUAGGUCACAUAUAUAAAUUAUCAAAGGUGGUAUAUAUAUCUAUAUAUCUAUAUAUAUAUAUAUAUAUAUAUAUAUAUAUUGAUAUUGGAAAUAUAACAUCUCUAUUCUUAAGAGGUUAAUCUUGAUUCCACUUAAAACAUAUACUUAUAGGCCUACCCACCUGUAAUUGGAGUAAUUUCAAAUACUAAGUUGCACAAGGUAAAUUAUAGCUAAUAUUCAUUCUAAUGUAAAAGCUAUUUCCCACUUAUAGGCUAAUUAUUUUAAUACAAAAAUUAUAUAUAAUUUAAUGAGUUUCUACAACAUAUUUCUUAUUGGCAAAUAUUAGAAAAUGAGGGCAGCAGAUGAUAUUCAUUGAAAAGGUGAUCAGACUGCAUGGAAGGUUUAUUUCAAUAUUUUAAAAAUCAUUUGCACAAAAUAUUAUGAGGUUGCUGUGUUAUCAUUCCUGUUUAGAUUGAAUUAUAUUUAGAAUGAUUCAGCUGAGUAAUCUAACGCAAUAAAGGGCAUAUAUAUGUGGAUACAAA